UGUCCCUGUAGCUGUGUUUAUUUCUCUCACGGCCUCCUAUCCUGCCAGGACACACUGCCCUCAGGAGAAAGGAAAAAUGCUGCAAAUUUCUCACGGAUGUUGUAAGCAUCCCUGCAGCCUCUGUUGCCACCCAUGUUCCUAGCAUCCUGGAGGUAUUCCCCCUGCUCUUGUGCUUCCUCCAAAAAUCUCUUGUUGUCUGCUGGGUUGAGCAGGUGGUUAUGCAGGAUGCACGCUGCCAGUAUUACGGCAUCUGCAUUCUCUGGUUUCAUCGUAAUCCGUGUGUAGAGCACUCUCCACCUUGCAGCAAGAAUGCCAAAUGCACAUUCCACCACCAUUCUGGCCCUAGAUAGUCUGUAGUUGAAGACCUUUUGCCAUGGUGGAAGUCGUGUUCCUGGGAAUGGCCUCAUCAAGUAAGUCUUCAAAGGGAAGGCUGCAUCUCCAACCAUGGUGUAUGGGAGUGGCAGUUGUUGUUCUGCUCCAGGCAGAGGACAGUCGGCUGGAACAUGGAGUGUUUUGUUUUCCAUGCCAAUCCCCAGCUGUGAUCCACUGUAGACGCCCCAUCACUUGCCCGUCCGUAGUCCCCCCACCUGGACGUAGAUGAAGCGGUAGCGGGCAUCUACCAGUGCAAGCAAAACGAUUGAAAAUGUUUUUUUGUAGUUGAAGAACACACUUCCACUAUGUGGGGGUGCUGCUAUGGUUAUGUGUUUUCCAUCAAUGGCUCCGAUGCAGUUCGGAAAGUUCCACUCUUUCUAGAAUGCAGAGGCUACAUCUCUCCACAUUUCCUCUUAGAAAAGCGUAAACUCGCUGCGUUUCAUCCGCUUCUCGAUGCAGGUCAUGUGCACUGAGUUGGCUACGGUGCUUUUCCCUAGCCUGUACUGGAAUGCCAGGCUGGAAAAUGUUUCGCCUGUUGCAAGGAAUCUGUGAAAAUAAUUGACAUCAUAUUUAAGUUUCAAAUAUUAACUUUCAAAAUCUGUAGCUAUAUUUCUGAACGUCACCUGACUUGAUUGUUAGUUUUUAUUUCAAAACAGUUAUAUAUAUGGUAAAUGGUAAAUGGCCUGUAUUUGAUAUAGCACCUUCUAGAGUCCUGGAACCCCCCAAGGCGCUUUACAACACAAUCAGUCAUUCAUCCAUUCACACACACAUUCACACACUGGUGGGGAUGAGCUACGAUGUAGCCACAGCUGCCCUGGGGCGCACUGACAGAGGCGAGGCUGCCGAGCACUGGCGCCACCGGUCCCUCCGACCACCACCAGCAGGCAACGUGGGUUAAGUGUCUUGCCCAAGGACACAACGACAGCGACAGACUGAGCGGGGCUCAAACCUGCAACCUUCCGAUUGCGAGGCGAGCACUUAACUCCUGUGCCACCGUCGCCCCGAUAUAUCCAAAACCUUUACAGUUAUUAAAAAGUAUAAAAUUCAAAAAUUUUCCUAAAUGCAAUUUGUUUAUAACAGUAUAGCUAAUGUGAAGCAAGGUAUUUAGUUUUUGUUCUCCAGUUAUUUAUGUUUUUGUUUGUUUUACUGCUUCAUAGUGGAAGAGUGCAAGAAGAGAUGGAAGCAAUUAUGGGACAGUUUUGUAAAACACAAAAACAAAACUGCCCCGAGUGGAUCUUCAGGUGGAAGUCAGAAAGAAUUGAAAUACAGCAGUUCCAUGUCUUUUCUGCUCUCACAUAUGCAACCCAGAAGUUCCAAAAAUAAGUUGCCUUCAGUGGAUGACAGUGAAGGACCUGCAGCAGAACUAAGCUGUGACGACACGGCACCAUCUUCACAAUUUUCCAGACCUGCGACUCCGACUGGUACUCCCCCACAGAGAUCUGCAUGUCCAUUAACAUAUCAAGCAGAGGCAGGGCCUUCAACACAUGCCUUUCCCCCAUCACACCCCAGAGUCCAGGCAUUAUCUAAAGGAACUGCCACUGAAAUCCAAGGAAGAAAACAUUCCAAAAAAAAAAAAGCAACAAGUCCAGGUCUUACUGAACAACUGCUUCACUAUUUAACAAAAGAUGUCACAACAGUCUCUCCACAUGUCCCUGAAGAAAAAGAUGAGAUGUAUUAUUACGCCCUCAGCCUUGUUCCAAGGUUUAAUGUAAUGCCCCGCAAAUUUAAAACAUUUGCCAGAAUGCAGAUAGAACAAUGCAUGCAAAAUGUAGAAAGACAAUUGCAGGAGAUAAACCAACCUAUCACUUCAAUCUCUUCUCCUUGGGACCUAGCAACACACCACAGAAGUUCUUCAGGUUAUUACUAUCAGUCACAGCAGCCUUCCCCAUCAACAUAUGGUGAACCAACCCAACCCCCGCCAACACUAGCUCAGCAGGCUCAGCAAUACACACCAUUGCAAAGUCCUUCACAACAAAGGGGUGUGAAAAGGCCCACUUCGAUGGGCCGAUCCUCACCCACACCAUUUACAACACUUGAGUAGUUGAGUUUUCCAUAAAAAUUACUCCAAAGUCCUACAUUUUAUUUGUUUGUGUGUGUUUUACAGGUUUUUUUUGUUAUUCUAUAUUAUUAAAACAUUGAAAAUACUGGAACAACUCUAAAUAUGUAAGUGAUUUUGAAAGCCUUGACCUUUUAUAUUUUUAUUGUUAUCUUAGUUACUUGUAAAAGUUCCAAUAAGUGCACCACACUGUGGAUAAAAAAAUUGAGCUUUGAUUUUUAAGAAAUUUGACUGUAAUUUGUUGUGGAGAUUUUAUUUUAACUUUUCAAGGAGAACAAUACUAUGUUUAUAAAUGCAUGUUUCCUUUGGUUUACUAAAUGUUUGACAGUUUGCUAUUUAAAAAAAAAUAAAACAUAAACAUCA